GUAAACACGUUAGCGUUUUAUUGUUUUUUUCUUUUUUUUUCAUCUCAUACGAACAUCACAGUUUUGAUUUAUAGCGUAUCGUAUGAGUCACAGCUUUGACUUAUAAAACUAUACCGUAAAACAAUAGUUUUUAUGUAGUCUUACACCACUGCUUAAUUAUUUUGAACACGAUUUGCGCGGAAUUCGUCGAUUAACAGAUCGUCCAACCCAAUACAACUCAAUCUACAAAAUUGUCAUUUGAUGAAUUGGUUGUUUGCCUUUGUUACUCGACGCAUUAUUUUUUCUCAACAACAACGCAACAUUUUCCAGUCUCCAGGUGGCGCGAUAGUCAGGAGUUUACUUUUCUAAAUGAGGGUUUCAUACGUUUUUGAGUAAUUUUCGUAUUCGGGUACUGAAAUUGAAAAAUGUAAUAAAUACUUUAGAAACCUAUCAGAUUUAGUACAAUGAUAUUAAACUAGUGACGUUCGUCGCUAGCAGUCACCAGCGCGAUUAUCGCUGUUUAUCGUCCACAACCCGACGUUCGUGAUACUCGUUUUGGCGUCGAGACGCCUCGGUAAAGCUCGGUAAGCAUCGCAGGCCAAUCGAUAGCCGGUUCCCGGAAGGUUUCGGAGGGUGGGGGGGGGAUGUCGUCAGUGUCGCCACACUCCUCAACGGAUCCGGCAGCCCGGCACUACUUGCCUCCCACCGCUGAGCCUGGUCUCUGUUGAAAGUUCAAGGAACGAACGCGUCUACGGGCGCGGCUUGCGUCUCGAAGUGGCGUUUUACGUGGAACAAUGUCGUCCCUCGACUAUUUGGAUUUGUGCAGAUUGUGUCUAAUGAAAGAUCGUGUGUCCGUACCGAUAUUCGAGGGUGAGGGUGAUGUCAGGCAGAUUUUUUUAAAGAUUGCGGCCUGCUUGCCGGUCAAGGUUGCACGGGAAGACAAGUUACCUAAAAAGAUAUGCGACGAUUGCGUUUACAAAGUAGAAUUACUUUACCAAUUUUGGAAUACAACGGCAAACGCCGAGAAGCAGCUACUCCAAUGGCUUGGCGAAGUUGGCUUGGAGGACAAGCAAGGCUAUGUCACUGGCGUCCUAAAUCCGAGUACAAUGAAACAAGAAGAAAACAGUUCCAGCGGAUUGGGAGGCACAGCAAUACAGGUGACUGGAGUUCAACCUGGCAUUGGUAUAGGAGUUAUAGACAACAUGGGACUAGGCAUGCCGCUAAUUAUUCCCAGCUCAACACAGCAGCAAUUAACUGCUGUGCCAAUGGAUACAAGCACUGGACCCAUCCAACCUAUCCAACCUAUCCCACAGGCUGUACCUGGUCCAAGUAGUCAACCUGGACAUGAACAGAUUGCCCAGUCCCAAACUAAUGCAACAACGCAUCAACAGGACGAGGAAGAGGAAACUAGCGAUGAUGAAGAAAACUCUGACGAUGAUUGCGAUGGUGAUGAUGGUCUACCUGUCAAGGAAGAAAGCGAGGAAGAUCCUAGUAAUAGUAGAACGAUUGAACCUACGACGUUUGUAAAUGUAUCCCUGGCUUGCGACGAAGCGGGUCCGUCCGGCUUGCAGCAGCAAAAAAUCGUGGAAAUGCCAGAAAUGGCUAUGCCCCAGACAACCGACGGUGAUCCCAAGUCUGGAUUAACCCUGAAAAUAGCCAAGUUUGAGACCGCAGACACUACAGAGACGUUGGAAAAUCAGUACACCAAGAUCACAGAGUCCAGCGAUGCCGGUAUCGAUGUGAAAUCUGAGGGAAAAAUUUUCGUACGAACUGACGUACUGCAGGGUAACAAUAAUUACCAAAGUGCAAGUGAUGAAACGUAUAUCACUGAUGAUCUGGCCUUGACCUACGAAGAAUUUCCAAAUUCCAUGCAGGCCUCACGACAUGGCACAGGUGCAACAUUAGAAACUAUAGAAAUGAACCGCAAAUUUACGUCUCUUCCAUUGUCCGAGGACUAUUAUCGAAUGCUAAUGCUAUCAAAGCUUGAUCUCGUCAAGAGUGAACCGGAAAAAGGUGCCCAGAAAGGUGAAAACUUGGAUGAGACUACGGAAAAAUUAAAUGGCCCGAUCAAGGAAGAAAUUCGAGAUGCCAACGAUGACGAGGAUGACAUGCCAUUGGCGUAUCACUGCAAAACUUGUGAUGUAUUUUUCAAAACUAAAACUCUACUUAAUAAUCACGAAAUUGAACACAAGGGUAAAAGAAAGAACACGUGCAACCAAUGUGGAAGAGUGUUUCGAACUUACGUGAAUCUACGUAAGCACAUGAAAAAACAUGCUGGCAGUAAGCGGAACAAUGUCGGUCGACCAAUGAAGGUGAAAAAGGAAAAGAAUAACGUGGAAUUUUUGUGUAAAACUUGCAACAAGGUAUUCGGUCAUAAGAGUAACUAUCAGAAACACUUACUGCGGCACACUGUUGGCGAUCUCACUUGUAACCACUGCCCGAAAAAGUUUCGAUUAUUUCGAGACUUGACGAGACACGAAAAAACCCACUUUUACCCAAGUUAUAUGUGCAAAGAGUGUGACUACGAAACAACUGUUCUAGCUGCUUUGAGCAUUCACAUGCUCAGGCACACCGAUAAGGCGGACCUUCCAUUCAAAUGUAAUGAAUGUGACAAAAGGUUUCGAAAGGCAAUCGAACUUCAGGAACAUUAUAACAUUCAUUCCGGGGACAAGCCGUUUACCUGUGCCACCUGUGGUAGUGCGUUUUACCUCAGGAGACAACUUUCCGCCCAUUGCAGACGAAUGCAUCCUGAGAUGAAGGCCAACAAGGUAACCAGCACUGCGUGUGACAUUUGUGGGCGUGUAUUGGCGACAAAACGAUCGCUCUUUCGGCACAAGGAGAGUCACAAUCCUACCAAGUUGUAUCUAUGCGAUUAUUGUGGCAAAAGUCUUAGCAGUGCGGAACAUUUGAAAAAACAUCGGCGUAUACAUACAGGAGAGAAACCUUAUGUAUGCGAUAUUUGUGGCAAAGGAUUCACAGACUCGGAAAAUUUGCGCAUGCAUCGACGCAUUCACACUGGGGAAAAGCCGUACAAGUGCGAUCAAUGUCCCAAAGCCUUCUCCCAGAGAUCAACCCUUACUAUCCACCGUCGUGGUCACACCGGUGAACGACCCUAUGUAUGUCAAAUAUGUCAUCGUGGUUUUUCGUGCCAGGGCAAUCUUACAGCCCAUCAAAAAUCUACCUGCGUUUGGGUCAACUCUUGGCGUGUUAAAUUCCGGCGGAAACUUCCAGAGCAAGAAUAUCCACUGAAAUUUGGAGUUAACUUUAAAACUGCUUGUGCGCUACGAAUUGCAAAUGGAUUGAGCAAAACUUUGGGCAAAAAAGUGAUAAUCAGUAAAUCACUUUUGUCACGGUUACAGACUAGACACCCUAAUACAGGUAAUACUCAAUUGGCCAAAGAAGACAGUCAAAGUAAUAACACCUUCGAACAUAAAUCUCACACAGAUAAAGAACACAACAGUCCCGAAAUUGGAAAGGCAAGUUCGAGUGAAUAUGCCCGUGUCUCGUCGCAGAAAGUUAAUACAGAUGGAAGUCAUUUGGCCAAAGAAAAUGAUGCAGGUAAAAACAUCACACAACAGAAACUCAAUACAGAUAGCGAAUCUUCUGCACCAGAAUCCAUCGAGGCUAGACCAAAUAAACGUUCUUGUACCCCACCACAAGAAUCUAAUUCAGAUGACGAUUGCUUCGCCAAAAAAGAUUGUAAAGGUAAGAAGCCCGGGGAACAGAAACUCGAUACAGAAACCAAAACUUCUGGCUCGCUAUGUUUGACGGCUAGUCUAAGAAAACACUCUCGUACUACGCCACAAAAGUCUAAUCUAGGUGGCCGUCGACUGACUAAAGAAGAAAGUAAGUGUCAGAAAGCUUCGAACCAGAAACUUGAUGUGGAUUCCAAAUCUGCUGAUUCUCCAUUCAUCGCGGGUUCCAAAAGUUUACUUUUGCGUGCAUUACAAAAGACAUCCAAUGCUGAGGACAAAGACUUGGACAACGAAGAUAGUGAAUGGGAGAAUUUUAUCUCACAACACAGAUUUAAGCCAGCUGGUACGCUGCCUGAUCCAAACUCUAUUAUGGACAGUCAGAGUGAACUUAAAUGUAUAAUAUGUGACAGAGAGUUCCGGUGCAAAAUGGAACUUUCUAGGCACAUCAAAAGCCACAAUACUCGAAGACCUUUUAAAUGUGCGCACUGUCCAAAAACCUUCAGAACUGCGUACGAUCAGCGUAAGCAUGCCGGUUGUCAUGACGAAAAUCUUUCAUACACUUGUGAUAUAUGCAAGGUUAAAUUUAAGUCAAAACAAGCAUUGAAGCAUCAUCGUAUCAGGAAACAUGACGACACCGAAUAUCAAUUCACAUGCGAUAAGUGCAGUAAACAGUUCAAAAUAAAGAGCGAUCUUUCAACUCAUUUGAAAUCUCUCCAUACUGAGGCACCUUCACUGGUGUGCGAAAUUUGUGGUAAAUCAUGCAAGAAUGGAACGGCGAUGAGCUCUCACAGACGAAAACAUCGGACAGACUUUAAAAAAUUUGAAUGUAACAUUUGCAAACGUAUAUACAAAUCUGAACAUAAUCUAAGCAACCAUUUGCUGGUGCACGAAAAAGGAAUCACAUGCAACGAAUGCGGCAUGGAAUUCAACUGCACGAAGAGGCUAAACUAUCACAUGUUCAACAAACACAGACAAUCGGCACCUUGUAUAUGCUCCAUAUGUCAUAAACCAUUCAAGAGUAACGGCAGCUUACGCACGCAUAUCCUUACUCACACGGGAGAGAGACCGUACAAGUGUGAUUUAUGUGGAGAAGCCUUUACCCAAAGAUCCAGCAUGAUGCGACACAGGCGUAGUCAUCCUGGAAGGUUUUCGCCUCCCCCACCUAUUCACAUCACCGCAAUAGUUAAGGAUAUUGAAGAGAAGGAGAUCUCAAAAAAUUAGGAUACAAUCACAGAACAACUAAUCACAUUGAUACCAUGAUACGCGCAGCUACACAUUGAGGACUGUCUACAAUCAAAUUUGGUCAGAUUAUGUGAACAUGUAUUAAAAAUAAGGUAGAAGAUUUUUAAGAGCUUUCACAUGUUUUGAGGAAAAUCAACUGCUAUAUGUGACAUUUAUAUUACAAAAUAUUUAUGGUUGUACAACCAUGAAAAGAUAUGAAUAAUAUAUUCACUGUUGUUUCAAUUUGCGAAAUGUGAAAAUAAUAUAUGCCGCGUGGCAGUAAGGGGCACUUGGAUAUAAUUUUGUGACACAGUUGAUAUUUUUAGAAUAAACUUCUUUAAUGGAA